UUAAUGGCAGUAGUCUGCAACAAUCUCUAUGUUUUUCAGGACUAAACUCAAACGAUCUGCUGGCCUGUCCACCUCCUCCAGAAUAAUGCAUCACUGUUAAACAUGGGAGGCAACGGAUCCAAAAGCAAAGGAGUCUGGCCUUUUACCGGUACAGGACCUGGAGGAGAACCUCCCGGUAAGGCCAAUGAACAGUGUUUAGCCCUAGUACGAGGCUCAAAGAAUGCAACACCAUUUGUAUUCACAUUGAGAAGUUCCUUGUAUUUUGAUGAAGAUAGAGAUCUGGCUCAUGAGUUAUAUGAGGAGACUGUGGUGACCAGGAAUGGCAGAAAGAAAGCCAAGCUAAAGAGAAUUCAGAAAAACCUCAUACCUCAGGAAAUCAUUAAGUUGGAUUACCCACAAAUCCACAUGGACUUCCCUGUCAUCCUCUGUAAAAUAUAA